AUGUGGAAGCUUUUCGGCGACAACGAACCAAGUCCAAUGUCCAUGCAUGCCCACCUAUGGCGACAACGAACCAAGUCCGAAUCCUCAUUGCUGGUUUUCGUGUUCCAGAUCCAAGGUCUCUCCAAAGCAGAGGCAGGUGGGGGAAGCGGUGGCGGCGCAGACGAAUCAAGUGAUGAUGCCGAUGACUUACCUGAAUCUCCGGUUGACCCCACCCUCUCUCCUAAGGCGAUUCCACUAUACAGACUGGCCUUCAGGCGGCCUGGUACGCCAUCGAUGAAUUCGGAGGAGUCGGUGACCACUUGUUUCGAGAGUAGCGUUGCUGGGGUGUGGAGUGGUGGUGGAGAUCAGUACAGUGCUCACGGCGGAGGCGCCGCGGGACGUAGUGGUGGUUGUGGUGAGAAGAAGUUGCUCAACUUGUUCAUUUGA